AUGCAACGUUUGCAGGCAAGGGAAAUGAUGGCAAUCGAGCGUUCAGGUUGUAGCCGCGAACACACAGCGUUUGUACCAACUUUCUUGAAACCGAAUUUCUCAACCUGCGUGCGUUCCAGAACGUGGAGUCUCACAGCUGAACGCGUGACUCGACAGGCACGUUGCCCGGCCGGUGUACUUCCCGUCAAAAAACUGGGGCUUCGCUGUACACUGACAAAGUUCGAGCCCUUCACAGUCCGACCGAGUCUGAAGUUGCCGGUUACGGUUUUGGGGAUUGCGGGUGUGCUCGCUGGGGCCGGUGGAGGUGCCGGCAAGGUUUUCGCUGUCCCUGUCGGCCUUCUUGGUGUUUUCCUUGUCGUGAACGCCGGCUUUCUGCUGAGGUUCCGUUUUGGGCCCGAUGCGAUAGAGGUCUGGAAACGGGGUGCAGCCGACUCCGUACAACCAACGGCUGGUGACGAUGCCGCGCUUCGGGGCUAUCGUUACGUCCGCGGCUGGCACUACGACCGCAUCGAAUACUGGAAACUGUGGUGGCCGCGCUUUCCGGUAUUGUUUUAUUUUCGAGAAUCGGAAAGUUACGAUGGACGCGGGAGCAUUCAUUUUCUACCGGUCGUUUUCGACGCCCAACAGUGGUUGCGGGGCUUCUCGGAGCGCACGCAACGAAAAGACUCGGGGCGUUUUCGGUACUGA